AUGGCCAGAGACGACACCAACCAAAAGAGCAGUGAAUCAAAGCAUGCUUCAUCUACUGACAUCUAUUCAAACCCAGACCACCCAUAUUACCUAUACCAAUCAGACCACCCAGGAGCGGUCCUUGUGAAGACACCCCUUUCCACCAAAAACUAUGGCAACUGGAGCCGGCAGAUCAAAACGGCUCUAAGCGGGAAAAACAAAACUGGUUUUAUCAAUGGUUCUCUUGAGCCACCAUCGGAGUUGAUCAAACCCACCAAAUUCAACCGUUGGAAAAGAUGCAACGAUAUGGUUCUAUCGUGGAUCAUUAAUUCAUUAGAACCCAAGAUAGUGAAUAGUGUCGUCUACACCGACUCAGCGCAUGAACAUUUAAUGUCCAUCACCUCCUAUUACACAGAACUCAAGAGUUAUUGGGAUGAAUUGUCAUCUCACAACCAAAUCGAUACAUGUCCAUCUAGGAAGUCCUGUGGUGCUACAAAAUCAAUUAUGAAUUGUGCAGAAUAG